AUGUAUAAUCCGUACCAACAUUCUGGGCCCUUUGGAAGGCCCCCAGACUACCCAGGGUUUGGAGCUCCUCCAGGCACAGCUCCUCCCGGUAUGUCCGCUCCCGGCACCGGCCCGCCACCGGGAAUGCAGCAAGCCAACGGUCCCCAGCCUGGACAUCCAGGAUUUCCGCCAAACUUCCAGCCUCCUGCGAACAUGCCUAAUAUAAACUUCUCUGCUCCUGUGAUUCGUCUUGGAACAUCUGGCCCAUCAAAAUCUUCGACCCCACUAGAUGGCCGUGACAAAGGUUCUGAUACCCGGCGCGGUGCGGGGUUGGGCUCCAUAGAAUCUCAGCGCCAAAACAUACGUGAGGCAAUGCUUCAACUGCAGCCACCUACAAAGGAUGAAGUCGUUCGCACCAUUUUUAUAGGUGGAAUUACGGAGGGUAUUAGCAGCGAUGAAGAAGUUGAGCGAAUACUCCGAACUGCUGGAAAUUUAAGGCGCUGGAUCAGGGCUACGGAUGCGGAUGAGAAACCUUGUAAAUUUGGUUUCGCAGAGUACGAAGACCCUCAUAGUUUAAAUACGGCUAUCGAAGUGCUAAGGGAUGUGGAAGUACCUGUAAAGCGACAGCAGCCUCCCACUGAGGAAGGAAAUAUCUCACCGGAGUGUGAGAAAAGCAAAUUAUUAGUUGUAGUUGAUGAGAGUUCAUUAAAAUAUAUUGAUCAAUACAAGGCGAGCAGUAAUUAUGACUCCGAAGCCGGUCAGUCACGUAUUGAGUCUGCACGGGGGGCCUUAUCUGCGAUUUUAUCUGAAAUCCAAAGUCCUUCCGCUGAAAAGGACACAACGAAGCCUGCUGAUCGUGAUGGAGAUAUUACGAUGACUGAUACCAAUGGCCACGAUACUGCAAAUACUGAGGUUGUGACAAUUCCUAUUACUGUUGAAGAUGAGUUAUCGGACAUACCACCCGAGAUGAGAGAAACUGUCGCGAAAGAAAUUGCAGCCUUUCGUGAAAGGAGCAACCGUCGAGAUCUUGAACGAUUAAAGAGGGAGGAGGAGAUAGAGUCUUUAGAGAAAUCAAGGCCCGGUGCUUCGCGGAUCAAUAGGCUAUCCUCACCCCCACUAAGUGCGCCAACUGGUCCUUCUGGAAUACCAUCAGGCCCGCGUGACAGGGGUAUCUUGAAUGCGCCCUCAGGCCCCAAGGGAUUCGGCCAUCAGAUACCUAAAGAUUACCAUAAGGGCGUGUCAUUUGUUGGUGGUAUUGGCGUCAAUGAGGAGGAAGAAGAUACCGAUGCUAGCGACGCAGAACUUGAAAGGAGACGCCAUGCAAAAACUACUACUGAGGCUGAAAAGCACUUUUUGGAUCAAGAGAGACGCUGGCUCAACCGUGAGCGUAGUAGAGCUGCGGCCGUUGAACGAGAAAAGAACCGUGAUAAAGACGAAGAGAAACGCUUAGAGGAUGAGAAGCAAGCCAUGGCCAAGCGUCUCAGAGAAUGGAAUGAUGAUGUCGAAGCAAGUCGUAAGGUAGAAGAAUAUUAUUCCGACCGUGGAUUGUGGAUUCGAAACCGAGCAGCUUUCCGAAAUCGUGAAAUGGCGUUGGAUGAAGCCGACCGAUCCAGUGAAGCUCGGGAGAAGGCUCGAGUUGUGCAACAAAGAGAACGGGCGCGCGGACUGGCGGAUGACUUCCUCGCCCGUCAAGCUGAAGAACUGGAGACUCGCGCACAGGCACCGAGAGAGCCCCAGCGAUUCAAGCUUUCCCUUGGCGCCGCCGCUCAAAAGGUCCAAGCUUCUACCAAACGCAGAACUGUUGCCGAAGUCGAAGGUCUCUUGGAGGAUGAAGAAGACACAAAUGCUACUGCAAAACGUCCUCUCACGGCUAUUAAGUUUGAUACCGCCGCUGAAGUCGCUGGUCUUAAUGACGAAGAACGCGCUCAGGCGGCCAGACAGCUUGCUGCUGAGAUACCACUAGAUAAGGAAGGGCUGUGGAGUUGGGAUGUUAAAUGGGAGUUUGUCGACGAAUCUGUUCUUGGUGACCAGCUCAAGCCAUUUGUCGAGAAGAAGAUCAUGGAAUACCUCGGUGUUCAAGAGCAAAUGUUGGUGGACGUUGUGGAAGAGCAUGUGCGCAAGCGAGGUUCUCCACAGGAAUUAGUGGAACAACUGGAGGGAGCGCUCGACGAGGAAGCCGAGGUUCUAGUCAAAAAGCUUUGGCGAAUGAUCAUAUUCUUUUCCGAAAGCGAGAAAAGAGGUCUUACAGGAUAG